AUGAGAUACUUGAGUUACAUACUUCAGAUACUUUCGCGUGGCAAAACGGAUUCGGCCAGCUCGCGGCAUGUGGCCAGUGGAGGUGGCAUGCCACAGCAGCAGCGCAAAGCGCCAGCGCCGGCAACAUUGGAGGAUUUCAUCAUCAGGCGUGACUAUACCGGCGCUCGAGCCUUUCUGGAGUACGCCAAUGAUGAGCACGAGGAGGGCGAGGAGGCGGCUAAGAAAAACGAGCAACAGCAGCAGCAAAUCGAUCAAUGGAUUGCCUAUUGCAAUUUUCAUUUGGGUGACUAUCAACAGGCUCUAAACCAAUACCAGGCACUCAAGGACCCACAACUGUCGCUCAAUGUGGCCGUCUGCAUGUUUUAUUUGGGCCUCUAUGAGGAGGCCCAACAGUUAAUGGAGGGCACGGCGAAUACGCCACUGAAGCAGCGUCUUCUGUUUCAUCUCGCCCACAAGCUGGGCGAUGAUCAGCAGUGGGCGGAACUAUUGGAUGUGCUGCUCAGCACACCCAGCGUGGAGCAGCAGCUGAGCCUGGCAUCGAUGCAUUACAUGCGCGCCCAUUACCAGGAGGCCAUCGAUGUGUAUAAGCGGGUGCUGGUCGACAACAAGGACUAUUUGGCCAUCAACGUAUACCUGGCCUUGUGCUUCUAUAAGCUGGACUACUAUGACAUGUCCCAGGAGGUGCUCGAUGUGUACCUCAGCCAGCAUAGCGAUAGCACAAUUGCCAUCAAUCUGAAGGCCUGCAAUCGUUUUCGCCUUUUCAGCGGACGCGUCGCCGAGCAAGAGAUCAAAAAUAUCGCCGAUAAUGGAACAUUCGGUGCGGAUUUAAUACGCCACAAUUUGGUGGUUUUUCGCAAUGGUGAGGGUGCUCUUAGGGUGCUGCCUGGUCUCCUCAAUAUUGUGCCCGAGGCGCGACUCAAUCUGGCCAUUUACUAUCUGAAGCAGGGCGAUGUGCAGGAGGCGCAUGCCCUAAUGAAGCAACUGCAGCCGACAUCGCCGCAUGAGUACAUCCUCAAGGGUGUGGUGCAUGCGGCACUGGGACAGCAAUUGGGUUCGAAGGAGCACAUCAAGACGGCGCAGCAAAAUCUACAUCUUGUGGGCAGCUCAGCCACGGAAUGCGAUACGAUACCAGGACGCCAGAGCAUGGCCUCGGCAUUUUUUCUAUACGAACAGUUUGAGGAAGUGCUUGUCUAUAUGAACUCCAUACGCAGCUACUUUGUGAACGAUGAUGUGUUCAACUAUAACUUUGCCCAGGCCAAAUGCGCAACGGGCUACUUCAAGGAGGCAGAGGAGCUGCUGAUACAGAUCAGCGAUAUGGAUAUUAAGAAUCAGCACACCUAUUGCAUGAUCCUGUCCAAGUGUCACAUACACUGCGCGCAGCCAGAGCUGGCCUGGAAUGUAUUCAUUACACGGGACACAAAUGCGGAGGCUUUUCUUUUGCUUCAGCUAAUCGCGAAUGAGUGCUACAGAUGCGAGGAAUUUUGGGUGGCUGCCAAAGCAUUCGAUAUGCUUGAGAAACUAGAUCCCAGUCCAGAGAACUGGGAGGGAAAACGUGGCGCUUGCGCGGGUGUCCUCUAUGCAAUGGCAACGAAGUCACUUCGUGGACGACCACCAGGUGGCAUUUCUGAGGUGAUUGGGCUGCUGCGAGAAUCAUCUAAUUCGCAAGCAGACUCCAUGAUUAAGACGAUUCGAAAGCACAUAGGUAACUUUAAAUAAAUGCAACAAAACUAGCUAUUGUAGAGAGGAGCAUA